AUGCCCACCAACUCAUCCGUCAAGCGUGCUCUCGCCGCCAUCGAAAAAGAUCCCUCCAAAGUAUUAGGCGUUGCAUACAAUGGCAAAGCCAUCACAACCAAGCAAUACAUUCCCCGCGCUGGAGCUCAGACCGCACCCGAGCUCUCCUUCGCGGUGCCCGAUCCUUCCGCAACCUACAUGAUCGUGAUGCUUGAUCUCGAUGCUCCUUUCCCUUCCCUUCAAGUCCUGGGUCCUAUCCUCCAUUGGAUUCAACCCGGCUAUAAGGUCGGCGCCAACAACGUCUUGAUCACCGAUACCCCUUUCGUCGCUAACUACAUUGGGCCUGCUCCUCCGCCAGGAAGUGAUCCCCAUCGUUACUCAUUCUAUUUGUUUGAGCAACCAACCGACUUUGACGGGAAGAAGUACGCACCGGCUAAUGGCAAGCCGCUCAGUAAUUGGUACCGCAUGCGUUACGAUUUGGACAAUUGGCAAAAGACGGCCAAGCUUGCCGAACCCAUUGCUGCCAACUUUUUCUUGAGCAAUUAG